AUGGAAGACGUUGGUGGCCAAGUUGCUGCCCCAAUUUUCAUUCAUCAAACGCUCUCGGGCCGGUUCUGCGAUGUGCCGGCCAUGGCGAGGAAGCGCGAUCUCCCUUAUCAGGGCUCCAAUUAUCAACACCCUCACUCGCAGCAGCCGCGCUUCACAACCGCAGGGAACAACUGGAAUCCUAACGUUUGGGACUGGGACAACGUGAGAUUCGUUGCCAAGCCACUGGACGCCGAGAUGCUGCAUCUGGGUAGUUCCAGAACAGAGCAGGGGAAGAAAGAGGAAGCUUCCGGGUUUGUGAAGAACACUGCGGAAGAUGAAGAUGAUGAGAGCCUUCAAUUAAAUCUCGCCGGGGGCUUGACCUCUGUGGAGGAGCCCGUGCCCCGGCCCAACAAAAGGGUCCGCUCUGGAUCUCCAGGGAAUGGCAGCUAUCCUAUGUGCCAAGUUGAUAACUGUAAGGAAGAUCUGUCGAAUGCUAAGGACUACCAUCGCCGGCAUAAAGUUUGUGAGAUUCACAGUAAAGCCACCAAAGCCCCUGUUGCCAAGCAGAUGCAGAGGUUCUGCCAGCAGUGCAGCAGGUUUCACCCCCUUUCAGAGUUUGAUGAGGGGAAGAGAAGUUGUAGACGGAGACUUGCUGGGCAUAACCGGCGAAGAAGGAAAACCCAACCAGAGGAUGUUACCUCACGGCUCACUCUCCCAGGAGACGGGGAUAACAAAAGCAUUGGAAAUUUGGAUAUCGUCAACUUGCUAGCUGCUAUAACUCGUCCACAAGGGAAAAAUGAUGUCAGAAAUAUCAACUGCUCAUCAGUACUGGACACAGAGCAGCUCCUUCAGAUUCUUAGUAAGAUAAAUUCAUUACCUUUGCCAGCAGACCUUGCUGCAAAGUUGCCUAAUCUCGGAAGUUUAAAUAGGAAAGCUGUGGAACUACUUGCUUUAGAUCUUCAAAACAAAUUGAAUGGAAGAACAUCUGCAUCAACUGUUGACUUGCUUACUGUACUAUCAGCUACUCUAGCAGCUUCUUCUCCUGAAGCUCUCGCAAUGUUAUCUCAAAAGAGCAGCCAGAGUAGUGACAGUGAGAAAACUAAGUUGACCUGCUCUGACCAGGCAGCUGGUCCCAAUUUGCACAAGAUACCUACACAGGAGUUUAAUUCCACUGGGGGAGAGAGAAGUAGUACUAGUUACCAGUCUCCCAUGGAGGAUUCAGACUGCCAGGUUCAAGAAACUCGCGUUAAUUUACCUUUACAGCUAUUUAGCUCCUCGCCUGAAAAUGAUAGUCCGCCAAAACUGGCUUCUUCUAGAAAGUAUUUCUCUUCUGACAGUAGUAAUCCAACCGAGGAUAGGUCUCCUUCAUCUUCCCCUCCUGUUGUGCAAACUCUGUUUCCAAUGAAGAGUAUGGCUGAAACUGUGAAGUCUGAGAAAUUGUCAAUAAGCAAAGAGGUUAAUGCAAACCCUGACUCUAGCAGGACUCGUGGCUGUAACAUGCCUUUUGAUCUUUUUAGAGGGUCAAAUAGAGGCGCUGAUGCUAGCUCCAUUCAAAGUUUUCCGCAUCAAGCUGGUUAUACUUCUUCUGGUUCGGAUCAUUCACCUUCUAGCUUGAAUUCUGAUCCUCAGGAUCGCACUGGAAGAAUAUUAUUUAAACUAUUUGAUAAGGAUCCAAGCCAUUUACCAGGGUCAUUGCGGACACAGAUAUACAAUUGGCUUUCCAACAGUCCAUCUGAAAUGGAGAGCUACAUAAGGCCUGGUUGUGUGGUUCUAUCAGUUUAUGUGUCAAUGUCGUCUGCCGCCUGGGAGCAAUUUGAAGGAAACCUGAUUCAGGGUGUCAGUUCUUUGGUUCGAAGUUCAGAUUGUGAUUUUUGGAGAAGUGGGAGGUUUUUAGUUCAUACAGGCAGGCAAUUAGCAUCAUACAAAGAUGGAAAGAUUCGUAUAUGCAAAGCCUGGAGAUCAUGUAGUUCCCCAGAGUUGAUCUCUGUGUCCCCUUUGGCUGUUGUGGGUGGGCAAGAAACCUCUCUUGUAUUGAGGGGCAGAAAUCUGACUAAUCUUGGCACCAGGAUUCAUUGCACAUAUCUGGGUGGUUACACAUCAAAGGAAGCUACAGGAUCAACAUAUCAUGGAACAAUGUAUGAUGAGAUAAACUUGGGCAGUUUCCAAGUUCAUGAUGCAUCUCCUGGUGUUCUAGGUCGCUGUUUCAUAGAGGUGGAAAAUGGUUUUAAGGGCAACAGCUUUCCGGUGAUAAUAGCUGAUGCUACAAUCUGUAGAGAAUUGAGACUCCUUGAGUCGGUGUUUGAUGCAGAAGCAAAAGCAUGUGAUGUAAUUUCAGAAGAUGAAAAUCGUGAUUAUGGACGGCCCACGUCAAGGGAGGAAGUCCUUCACUUCUUGAAUGAGCUUGGGUGGCUCUUUCAACGCAAAAGGAUCUGUUCAAUGCUUCAAGAGCCCCGUUAUUCACUUAGCCGUUUCAAAUUCUUACUGACAUUCACUGUUGAGAAAGACUGUUGUGUGUUGGUCAAAACUCUUCUAGACAUUCUGUUUGAAAGAAAUUUAGAUGGUGAUGGGCUGUCGGGAGAGUCAUUGGGGAUGCUGUCAGACAUCCAGCUUUUGAACCGGGCGGUAAAAAGGAGGUGUAGGAAGAUGGUUGAGUUGCUUGUUAAUUAUUCUGUAAUUAGCAGUGACAAGAGAUAUAUUUUUCCACCCAAUCUUUCUGGACCUGGUGGCAUGACACCUCUUCAUUUGGCUGCUUGUAUGUCAAAUACGGAUGACAUGAUUGAUGCUUUGACAAAUGACCCGCAGGAGAUCGGAUUGAACUGCUGGAAUUCCCUUUUGGAUGCUAAUGGGCAGUCUCCAUACGCUUAUUCUCUGAUGAGGAAUAACCACUCUUAUAACAAGUUGGUGGCUCGUAAACUUGCUGACAGAAGAAAUAGUCAGGUUACUGUGACAAUUGGAAAUGAGAUAGAGCAACCUCAGAUGACUAUGGAGCUGGAGCAUAGGACAAGUACGCGAUUCAGACAAGGUAGUGGAUCAUGUGCCAAGUGUGCGAUGGCAGCAUCAAAAUACAGCAGGAGGGUUCCAGGUGCUCAAGGCUUGCUUCAGCGCCCCUUCAUUCAUUCUAUGCUUGCCAUAGCUGCUGUUUGUGUAUGUGUCUGCCUGUUCUUGAGAGGCUCCCCAGACAUUGGUUUAGUUGCUCCUUUCAAGUGGGAGAAUUUGGAUUUCGGCACAAUUUAA